AUGCGUCUUCGCACGGUCCGUUGUCCAGCGGCCGUGUCGACGGCAGCCACCGUCAAAAUGACGCGGGCCUUCUCUGAGGCGCGGUCAAAUUACGAUGGCACCGCCGCACCGCCGUGGCCAGCACCGGGCGAGAAGCCAACGUACCCCUCUGCACUCUCCGAGUUCCCGCUGCAAAGGCCGCGCAUGCGGAAGACGCACACGGAGUGGAUGUUUUUUCACGGCCACGGGGGACGCCCGGGCGUGUACGGCCAAACGCGGGAGAUUGCCGAUUUUGAGUUUGCCGACGGCACACCCGCCAGCAUGAGCGGCCGCCGCUUUGCGUUCAAGCACCACCAGGACCAUCUGCUCGUGCAGCUCAUUCGUGCCGGGGCGGCGGUUGAGCGAAAGGCGGCGAGGGGUCUUUUGCCGCGUGUUCCCGGCACGCCGGAGCAGCGCAACUGGGACCCCGCCAUUCCCCUCUUCCUCGAGGACGUGGACGAACAGGGCAGACCACCGCCGUCAGUUGGCCGCUCCAUUUGCUCGCGCGUGAUUGACGAGAGGAUGGCGAGCUCCACGCAGACCCCGAAUGAGCUGGCAAACCGCCACGAGGGAGAGACGCUGGAGGCGAACACAAUGUUUGAGUCCUACGAUCCGCAGGCGUUUGUCUCGGAUCACAUAAAACUGCGGGAUGAAAGGCGGCCGUACUGGUCGAGGCGUCGUUGGGCGUUGACGGACAACUUUUUGGUGCCCAAAAGUCCAAAGCCGAAGAACACCAUCAAGGAUGAGUAA